AUGGAGUACUAUUCACCCUCACUGGCACGGCUUUCGCUGGAUCGUGGAUCGUCGAUGAUCGUAGCCCUGGAGUCUUCAACUUCGGUGACGCAACACCUCACAUUGUCGGCCAAUCUUUCACCGUUUGACCAGCCUUUGCCAGAGGUGUCUCGCUACACUCACAGAGCGUCUAACGAAGUCCACGACAUUUACGACCCUUCAACGCUUACGACCUUUGCGGGGCAACGCCAGCAGCACCCUGUAUCUCAUCCUCUUUCCUCCCAUUCAGUCGAUCCCCGUCCCUCCUCAGCCGCAGACUCUCGUCGACCUCUGCGUAGAGUUCGUCGUGCCCCAGAGGCCCGCCAAUUACCUCACCGUCGAGCUGUCUCACUAGACGUUACAGGUGGACAGCCUCCGCGACCCCAGCCGGCGCAUUCGAUCCCGGCCCUUGUCAACCCCGAUCCUAGAAACGCAAUUGAGGUACUGCCUCCGGCUCUAUCAGAAGCGCAAACUGACGAGAACGGUUCGACCGUCGACGACCCUUACCAGCUCCUCAACAGCUCGUAUUGGCCGCAGAGAAACACUGGAGUCUCGUCGCGCACUGCAUCUGCCAUUCUCUUUGCGCUCGAGGAAGCCAUCCGUCGCCCGUUCCCAUUUACAACAGAUUGGGACGAAGCGAAUGCUUCUAUGUCAGAUAUGGUAGGCGUUGCUGGUCCCGCUGGCCCUGCCGGCCCUGUCGGCAAUGGUCGCGCUCAGAAUGGUAACCCACGUGCGCCCCAGGGCUCAUCGCAACCGCCCAGUGGUGUGCGCACUCCCACAGAUAUAAUGAGACAGCGUCGGGACAGAGAGGCCCGUCGCAAAGCGGAACAAGAAGCUCGCGACAGAGAGCAGGAGGAUUUGGAGAGGCAGCAAUUGGAGCAAGAGCAAGCACAGGCUCAAGCUCAACGGUAUGCUGCUGAUGUUGCCGCGGAGCCCGUCCCUCAGCGCCGCGCGAGGCCUCAGCGGGCUCCAAGGGGAGCUGAGGUGCCUCCCGAGGCUGUGGUAGCCACGACAGGAGCGGCGCCUCCCUUUGCUUCAAGCACGGGCCCUGCGCCGACUGGUGAAAGGAUCCAGUAUCAGGUACCUUCUGGCGGCGUAAACAUGAGCCAGCAGCGACCACCUCAAUCGUCAAGUCAGCAGAACUUGGGUGCUGCGCCACAGCAUGCUCGCUCUCAGAGCGCAGCAGCAGGGACUGGCGUCCCUACAGGGACGCCUCGUUUAAGCAAGCCCACACAAGCUCCCCCAACCAGCCAGCCUGGUGGUUCUCAGACCUUGCAACAACCCAAACGAGCCACUUUCCCGCAUGCAUUCGAACGCUGGGAAACCCUGUCUUCGCAUUGGGAGGGUUUAACCAGCUACUGGAUCCGGAAGCUCGAACAGCACAAUGACGACCUGGAGAAAGAUCCCCUCAGCCAGCAGUUGGCUCGACAGAUCACUGACUUAUCAGCCGCCGGUGCAAAUCUCUUCCAUGCCGUGGUAGAGUUGCAGCGCCUUCGUGCAUCAUCUGAACGCAAGUUCCAGCGCUGGUUCUUCGACACCCGUGCUGAACAAGAACGAGCCAAGGAGGUGCAAGCAGAUCUGGAGCGUCAGCUCACGACCGAGCGCCAGGGCCGUGCCGAUGCAUUCGCAGCUGCACAAACUGCCGAAAAGGACAAAACCCGUGCCGAAGAUCUUCUCCGUGAAAUGAACCGUGAGCUCAAAAUCUCUAAAGAAGAAGCUCGCCGCGCAUGGGAGGAACUCGGUCGUCGUGAACAAGAAGAGCGGGACCGAACCACCUCCCUUCGCGUUCCAAGCCGACACACCAGCCGUCCACCGACCCGUGAAGGCCCAUACCCUGGCGGCCCAACUACCACAUCAAUGGGCACAGAGUUCCAAAACAAGCCCGCCGAAGCAUCAUACUAUGACGAAGCCCCGCCCAUGUCCCCAACAGGCUCCGACCCUUUCAUUGAAAACCAAAAGCAACAGCCAGCCGACCCCAGCAAACCGCCGUACCCCAUCCAGAUGUAUGAGCACGAGCCUACAACCUCGUACCCAGGCCCCGCGACCUCCGAGGUCGACGCGCACUCCUACGUCGGCAGCUCCGAGGCCGAAGAAGAGUACAACCGCUACCCCGGCGAAUCCCAGAGCCAGCCCUACUCCUACGCACAAGGGCCUCUCUCAGAGGGUAGCGACGAGUACGACCAGUCCCCCAACGAAAGAUACUCCGCCGCAACAACCUCCGCGCCCAUGCCCCCAACGACCGCCGACUACAGUGGUACCGGCUGGGGUGCUGGCACCGGUUGGGAAUCCGUCACUCCCCGACACCGCCAUCCCACACGCCUGAGCGAUGUCCUAGAAGAAGAUGAACGCAGCCGAACAAGUCCCAGCCGCGCUAGCCAGGCGAGUCGCAGUAUUCUGUGA